CGCAUUACAAAGGCGCCGCCAUUUUGAAGAAAUUUUGGUACCCCCCUCUACUGCAUAUUGCAAUGAAAACAAACGCACAUGUCACAACUAGCCGAGACUGUUGACACAUAGUGCGAGUCGUGUGAUGGAUUUGGGACCGAACGCCAGCAUCGACAUGUUGUCCAGUAUGUCGGGACUGAAGGUGAACUUCGAGAGUUACGACGACGACGUGUCUAAAGAAAGCAACGACCUAACCGUGGAUGCUGGUUUUCCACCUGGUGAUGGUAAUUUUAUGUCUGGUGGUCAGAAAGGUUCCGACAUGUCUGGCUGUUUGACGGAAAUCAAUCCAGUUUCAUUGCAAGGAAAUGCUGGUGACCUUCCAGAAUCUGCAGAGACUAAAAGAAAAGGUGGAUGGCCAAAGGGGAAGAAAAGAAAAAAGAACAUGAAAGAUGUCAAUGCUCCAAAACAGCCCCUAACUGGUUACGUCCGGUUUGUCAAUGAACGCAGGCAGGCUCUACGACAAGAAAAUCCAAACCUGAUUUUCUCCGAAAUAACGAAGAUGUUGGGAGCAGAGUGGUCUAAGCUGCCUCCACAAGAGAAACAGCGCUUUCUUGACGAGGCUGACAAAGAUAAAGAACGCUAUCUGAAAGAAAUAGAAGCUUACCAGAAAACCGAAUCAUACAGAACUUUCAAGCUGAUGCAAGAGAAAAAGAUCAAAGGGGAUUUGGAAGACACAGAUACACCAGGACUGAAUGGCUCCACUAUAGAUCUAAAUCCCGACGAAGAGGAGUCAGGAACCUUCGACAUUCCGAUCUUCACUGAAGACUUUCUUGAUCAUAAUAAAGCACGUGAAAACGAGUUGCGACAACUUCGAAAACAGACGACAGAGUUGGAGGAGCAGAACGCAAUUCUCAGCAAACACAUAGAGAACAUGAAACUGGCUAUUGAGAAACUAGAAGUAGAAGCGGUUCAGCAGAGGAGUACGAACAUGGCACUACAGAGUCAUCUGGAGAUGUUACGUACAGCUCUGACCACCCACUUCUCAACUGUUCCACUACCAGGCACUAAUGAAGUUCCGACACUCGAGACGAUAGAUACGUAUAUGACAAAACUGCACACCAUAAUUCUAGACUCGCCGCAGGACCACGAAUCACUCAUCUCAACUGUGCGAGAAAUCAUCGGAAAAUUAAAUAUUGAAGGGUCUGACAAGUUAUGACAGCACGUUUUGUGUAUUAUCCAACACACUUCGUUGCCAGGUAGCCCGUCGCUAUUAGCAACCUGGGAUUUUCGGAUGCUGGUUUUAUUUUGCAAACCAGAUGGUUCUGUCUCUGUGUGCUGUCUCAUAAGACCAUCCUUUACUGUUAGUGUCUCUUUCGUGGUGCACGCCUGUCAUGGGUGCAGGUGUCGACUUCCGCCAGCUCCUCCGUCCAGGACAGGGAAGGGUUUUUUUUUUUUUGGUGGGAUGGAUGGUAGAGGUGGUUGCAUGUUCAAGGGAGCACAAGCAGCCCGACCAGGGUCGGUAGCGAGCAAGGUUUAGUUUUGGUACUAAUGAAUUUGUCCUGUAGUAUCAAGUCCAAAAAGAAACAGGUUGCGUAGUUUGGGUGAAGUUAAGUUUGACGCAUAAUUUGGAGCGGUUCAUCGCAAUUAAAAAAUUAAACUUAAUUGAUUGAAUUGACGUAGCUCCUUGCUGGAACCAAUAAAAUAGCCCAAACCUAGUACCAGGUUUUCUGCCAGAGGGUAAAAUGGGUAUGGCGCCAUACCCAAAUGUUUAUUAUUUUUAAGUUAACAUUUUCACAAAAAAUAAUGACUCUUUAUCAUUACUAUAUGGUUUUCUUAACCCUAACC